GCUGGAGCCGAUGUCGAUAAUGAAGAGCAAUCGUCCGAUUUCGAUCCUUCGACAGACGUCGCUGACCAAGUGGAAUGUCUGCGAAAAUGGCUUUCAAACGAAGGUGGAAUGGCUAAAAAUUUGGGCGGUGGACUGAUGGUUCGUGACUUGGAGUUAGUUCUCUGUCACGACUUAGCUGGUCUGGCAAAAUGGGCUGAUCAGCGCCGUGGGCUGACUCAUGCUGAUAUUGCUCUUCUCAAGGUAGUCCUGACCAGUGGCUUCUAUCCUCAGUUAGCAAUAGGCGAUCCGGCGAACGCCUACCGUGUGGCCAACAAGGGGGGGGCUGCUGGCCCCGGCGCUGAAAUGGUAUUUCAUGCUCCGACCAAAAGUUUUCUCAUGCUUCAACCCACGGAUUUCUUCGUACGCAAGCCAGAUUACCUAUUUCCUUGCGAUCGUCCUACUUCAGCAGUCUCAGAAGAAAACUUCGCUGCUUGUUUAUUAGUAGAAGACAAAAGAGCUGGGCAGGAGGUCUACCGUCAGCACCAGCGAACACACUUCUGGGGGCUAGAGGGGUUUCACAUGACGGCUAUGCUUUAG